CCUCCCCAUUCAUACCCGCCGCCACCUAGAAUGAAACCCUAAACUUGUUCUUCCCUUUCGUUUUUAUCACCACCAAACAUCUAUUUGUCAUCUUCGCGGCGGAACCAACCAACAACCAUUCCCACUCUAGUCACUGUUUUCUUUGAAUUUGGUCAAUUUCCCACCAUCUCUUCCAGAAAGCAAAACGAGGUCUCCAUCGGACAUAGCUCAUAACCAAAUCAAGAGUGCCUUGAUCAGACGAAAGGGAGCUAUCUAUUUUUGGUAUCUUCAUAGAUCAUGGACAUUGUGUGCUCCCAUGCCAGCACAAAAUGGAGAGACUGGGCCAAACUAUGUACAGAUCUUGCAAAGGAAAUCUCCAAUUGACUACUCACCUUUGACAUUGCAGACUACAUCCGCUUUCGGGCAACUUGCAAGCCAUGGAGUGACUUCACUGAUGACUCCCGUACAUGUGAUGUGAUGGUCAUUCGCUUUCGCCCGCGCAAGUGGAUCACGCUCGCUCACUGUGCAUCCCCGUCACGGUGGACCCUUCUCAAUGUCACCACCGGUGCUCGUACCAACAUUGAUUUCCCGGAUCUGGACGCCCACCAUUACCUCGGCACGGCCGAUGGCCUCCUUGUCCUUGGCCAUAAGCGCACUAAUAUCAUUCAUCUUCUCCACCCAUUCAUCGGUAAGACCACUGAGUUCCCUUCACACUACGCACCAUCCACAUUGAAUAGGAGCCUCCGAGUGAACUUAUCUGCCAUCAAUGGUGCCGGCACCGAUGACUCGACUAUUCUCAGUACGCUCGUCAUUAGUCUAAGAAAUGGUUUGCGUCAAUUUAUUUGUGCCAAGCCUAGUGACAAGCUUUGGGCUUUUGUGCAAGCUAUCAACCAACACUCAGCUAGCAUUGUUGACAAGGUUAGAGGCCACUCACCGCUGACCUUUGGAGGGCGAUGCUACUUCACGACAUCGGACGGCAUGAUAAUUGCAUUGGAUUUAACCCCUGGGGUUGAACCUCAUAUGGUUUGCCUCCUCGAUAAAGACCCAUGGUUGGUGAACCAUCAGGAAACAAUAAUUUACUCCUAUCUUGUUAGGUCCCAUGAUCAAAUGCUCAUGCUGAGGUACCUCUUCGGUAUGAACCUUCUCCGGGAAGGUGGAUUCAAUGAAGAAGAUAUAUUCAUGUGCCAAGAUUGCCCAUCCCUUGUGGAGGUGCUUGAGGUGGACCUCCCUAGGAGAAGAUUGGUGACACAACAUGGAAUUGGUAGCCGUUGUGCAGCAUUCGUUGGCGCCUCUCACACAGUCAUGGUAUCCACUGAGAAAUUCCCUCGGAUCAUUUCCAAUGCAGUAUACCUCAACUAUUUUAUGCAAGGAUUAUUUCGUCAUUUUGGUGCCUACUGCUUUGAAGAUAAGACAGCUAUAUCUGCAAGAAACUUUCAAGAUCGUCGAAUUGGCAAAAACUCUCCUUGUGCAUGCCACUGGGAGCUUGAAGAUUAUCUUAUGUGUGAUGUUGAGAAGGGCUACCAUAUGUAAGGCCAUAAAUUCACUACUCGCGACAUUUAUGGGCAAUUCAUCUGCUUCAAAAAUAAAAUGUUCAU